CGCGGCGCACGGGCCACGCAGCCGAGAGAUCAGUGCGAUGUGUACGCCCCGCGCACCCGCACACCGACACGCGUACGCGCCCCGUAGUGCCGUACGCCGCACGCAUCCGUUCGCGCCCCGCGUGCACGCCCGAAACGCGGACCUAACCGAGCGCACGCAUUAGUCCAACCGUCGGGUACGAGACCGUCGCGCGAUUCCGGGGCGCGAUACUCGUUCGGUACACAUGUACGGGUGCUGUUCUCGUCGUCGCUACGAACUCGUGUCCGGGGCUAGGACACCGUCGUCGUCGUCGUCGUCGUCGUGGGUCCGCACCGUCUCGAACGAAGUGCAACAUCCAGCUUUGUGCUUGAAAUUUUACGUUGACAGAUUUUUCAUCGCAAUUGAAUAACGAUUCAACACAAACCAUCAAUUAUAACAAAUAUAAAGUCCGUCGUGCAUCGACAUAAAAUAAAUCGAGCGCUAGCGCUUACGAGUGACGAAAUAAUGAACAAGAAUCUAAUUAGAUGGCUUGGGAACAUGAUUAACCAUGGUAUAUAUAAUUUACUCGCGACAUUUGAAGACUAGAAUUAAUAUCAUCGCACCAUGAAAAUCAUUUGCGCAGUAUUCGCCUCGGUCAUCAUCGGACAACUGGCUAUGCGGUACGCAUCCGUGUACGGGAGCGCUGAUGCCAAACGGUUGUACGACGACCUGCUGAGCAACUACAAUCGACUCAUCAGACCUGUCGGCAAUAACUCCGAUCGGUUGACAGUCAAAAUGGGUCUGAAACUAUCGCAGAUCAUCGAAGUAAACUUAAGAAAUCAAAUAAUGACGACAAAUGUGUGGGUUGAACAAGAAUGGAAUGACUAUAAACUAAAAUGGAAUCCCGAAGAUUACGGAGGGGUAGAUACCUUACAUGUACCAUCUGAGCAUAUUUGGUUGCCAGACAUAGUACUAUAUAAUAAUGCUGAUGGUAAUUAUGAAGUGACAAUAAUGACGAAGGCUAUACUGCACUAUACGGGAAAAGUCGUAUGGAAACCACCGGCCAUUUACAAAUCGUUUUGCGAGAUAAACGUCGAAUAUUUCCCGUUCGACGAGCAAACUUGUUCUAUGAAGUUUGGAUCGUGGACGUACGAUGGAUACAUGAUGGACUUACGGCACAUAUCCCAGGCGCCUGACUCGGACGUCAUCGAAGUGGGCAUCGAUCUACAGGACUAUUACCUGUCGGUGGAAUGGGACAUCAUGGGCGUACCGGCAGUCAGACACGAGAAGUUCUAUGUAUGCUGCGAGGAACCGUACCUGGACAUAUUCUUCAACAUCACGCUCAGGCGAAAGACGCUGUUUUACACGGUGAACCUGAUUAUACCGUGCGUGGGUAUAUCGUUUCUGUCCGUGCUGGUGUUUUACCUGCCAUCCGAGUCCGGUGAGAAGGUAUCCCUGUGCAUAUCCAUACUGCUAUCGCUGACCGUGUUCUUCCUGCUCCUGGUCGAGAUCAUCCCACCCACGUCACUCACCGUGCCCUUGCUCGGAAAGUAUCUCCUCUUCACGAUGGUCCUGGUUACGUUGUCCGUAUUCGUUACCGUGGCUGUGUUGAACGUCAAUUUCAGGUCGCCGGUGACGCACAAGAUGAGACCGUGGGUGGUGAAACUGUUCAUCCAAAUCCUGCCCAAAGUGCUGUUCAUAGAGCGACCCAAGAAAGGAGAUUCGAUCGACGAGGACGACGACGAUGAGAAACACGGUGACAUACUGUCGGGCGUGUUCGACGUGCCGUCUGAGAUCGAUAAGUACCUGGGAUACAACCGCGGUUACAGUUUUGAUUACGACGUACCACCGCCGUUGCCGGCUUCCAGGUACUGCGGCACCAGGGCCAUAUGUGCAGGUGGCGGGGCUGGCGUUAGCACCGGGGCAGGUACGGUGGCCGGGUCCAACGAUACCGUGGUGAACAUGGCUUCGGACGACGAAGAUGAUGCGAUCGAGCUGGACGCCGAGGACGAAUACGACGACAUGUUCAGCCCUACGACGACGACGGACGACGGGCUUGCCAGUCCGACAUUCGAAAGCCAUCACCAACAUCACCAGCAAGGGUGUCCGGUCGACCAGCAGCGUCCCAGGCACGAUCCGGCCAUGCAAACCAUUCAGGACGCCAAAUUUAUUGCUCAACACGUAAAGAACCAAGAUAAAUUCGACGAAAUCAUUGAGGACUGGCAGUACGUAGCGAUGGUCCUAGAUAGAUUGUUCCUGUGGAUAUUCACGUUGGCUUGUCUCAUUGGCACUGCCCUCAUCAUUUUCCAAGCACCAGCUCUGUACGACAAGACGAAGCCCAUCGACAUAAUUUACUCCAAAAUUGCUAAAAAGAAAUUGCAAGCCAUUUUAUGAGAUACUACAACCAUACGAAGCUCAAAAACGUAUUUUAGUAAAAAACUUAGUGAAUACAAACACUUAAUCGAUAACAAUCCUAUAAUAAUGUAUAAAAUUUACUUCGUUUUACUAAUCAUCAAAUUUUUAUUAUAUAUUAUCUUUUUUUUUAUACAUAUAUAUAAUUGAUAUUAAAUAAAUGGCGCGGAACGUGUUGUUGCUGAUGCGUUAAUGA